AUGGCUUCGAGACUGAAAAAUCGCCAAAGAACUGCUCAACUUGAACAAUCCAUCUCCACUGAUAAGUCAACAGAAUCCAAUCAACAAACCGAUCGUCGUCCCUCAACCACCAAAGAAGACGGUGAUGAGUUUCCAGCUGCUCCAAACAUCGCUGCAAAAAUCGCUCAACGUCGACUUCCUCGUCGAACUCCAACGUCACACGUGAAAGGAGCCAGUGGAGAUCUGAUAAGACGACGAUUGAGCAAGACGAAUGACGAGCAGGGGAGUAGUAGAUCCAGUCGUUUCUCCUAUGGUAGUAGUUUCGAGAAAUCAUUCGAUGAGCCCGACAAGAAGAUACCAGAAGAAGAAUCAAAACCAGCUCCUCUACAAAGAUCUUCUGGGCCAGUGGUACCAAGUUCAUCUAGUCAAACAGUCGAUUCUGCUACGAAGACACAGUAA